CGUGGAAGCGAAGCGGCGGCGUCCUCGCUGUAACGCAGGGGCGAAAUGUAGCGAGCCGGGUGUCGGGGCUGGACUCUAGCCUUGGCUGGGGGUGUAGGGGGACACCCCGGGGGCCGAGGAGCACUGCCGAGGAGGAGUGAUGAGAAGAGGGGGUACCCUGCACCCCCCGAGACCACGGGCCCCUGCUGCCACUCUCCAGGCUCCCCCCUUCCUCCCAAGCGAGGGGCAGGUAUUCCACACAGACUCUCGUGACUUUAAGGACCAGGGAUUUGGGGAGGUACAAGAUCUUCUCAGGAAGGGAGCAAAUCUCUGGAAGAGAGAGGAAGGACCACAGACACUGCCCUGGGACCAGCUGAGCCUGAGGAGCUGUGGGAGGCUGGAGGAACCCAGCAAAAGGAGAAGGCAGGAGACACAGCCCCGGGCUAAGGCUGUGUUCUGAAACCUUUGAACUCAAGCUACUUUUUACGAAAGAGGGGCCUCUUCAGAGGGCACUCCAGACUUUGGUUGGGCUCUUCUACUCUGGAUGCCCCCUGCUCUGAGGAGCCUGCUGCUGAGAACCAAAGAAGACAAGAGGCCGGACAAGUUUCCCCCAAGCACAGAGCUGGUCGGUUGGAGUCAGGCACCUGCACCCCUAGUGGCUGGCUGCUGAGUCUGGCGAGGAGUUUCUUGUUUCCCUCCAGCUUGCAGCUUCAGUGCUUGAUGGGGCUGCCUGUUGGUGGAUCAGUUUUUGCAGUGCCUGGUAGGAGCAGAGAGCCGUGGGAAGAGGUCCCGCGGCAUCCAAGCCUGGGUUCACCCCAAGAUUAAGUACUUCCCCCAAGUUAGAGAGGGAGAGAGAAAGCGGGAAAAAGAAUAAGGAAAAGUUCUCCCUUCCCCUCCUCCCUGCCUGUCAUGUCCUCUAAGACAGAGCUGAAGGAAGUCCACCAGCUGAAUGGGACUGGCCCUACUGCCUCUCCUUGCUCUUCAGAUGGCCCCGGGCGAGAGCCCUUGGCCGGGACCUCAGAGUUCCUGGGGCCUGAUGGGGCUGGGGUAGAGGUGGCGAUUGAGUCUCGGGCCAACGCCAAGGGGGUUCGGGAGGAGGACGCCCUGCUGGAGAACGGGAGCCAGAGCAAUGAAAGUGACGACGUCAGCACAGACCGUGGCCCCGCACCCCCCUCUCCCCUCAAGGAGACCUCUUUUUCCAUCGGGCUGCAAGUGCUGUUUCCCUUCCUCCUGGCAGGCUUUGGGACUGUGGCUGCUGGCAUGGUGCUGGACAUCGUGCAGCACUGGGAAGUCUUUCAGAAGGUGACGGAGGUCUUCAUCCUGGUGCCUGCACUGUUGGGGCUCAAAGGAAACCUGGAAAUGACCCUGGCAUCAAGGCUUUCCACUGCAGCCAACAUCGGACACAUGGACACACCCAAGGAGCUCUGGCGGAUGAUCACUGGGAACAUGGCCCUCAUCCAGGUGCAGGCCACGGUGGUGGGCUUCCUGGCAUCCAUAGCAGCCGUCGUGUUUGGCUGGAUCCCUGAUGGCCACUUCAGUAUCCCACAUGCCUUCCUGCUCUGUGCUAGCAGCGUGGCCACAGCCUUCAUUGCCUCCUUGGUCCUGGGUAUGAUCAUGAUCGGAGUCAUCAUUGGCUCUCGAAAGAUUGGGAUAAACCCAGACAACGUGGCCACACCCAUUGCUGCCAGCCUGGGCGACCUCAUCACCUUGGCGCUGCUCUCAGGCAUCAGCUGGGGACUCUACCUGGAACUGAAUCACUGGCGAUACAUCUACCCCCUGGUGUGUGCCUUCUUUGUGGCCCUGCUGCCUGUCUGGGUGGUGCUGGCCCGACGGAGCCCAGCCACGAGGGAGGUGUUGUACUCAGGCUGGGAGCCUGUCAUCAUUGCCAUGGCCAUCAGCAGUGUGGGAGGCCUCAUCUUGGACAAAACUGUCUCAGACCCCAACUUUGCAGGGAUGGCUGUCUUCACACCUGUGAUUAACGGUGUUGGGGGCAAUCUGGUGGCAGUGCAGGCCAGCCGAAUCUCCACCUUCCUGCACAUGAAUGGGAUGCCAGGGGAGAACACUGAGCAAGCUCCUCGCCGCUGCCCCAGUCCUUGUACCACCUUCUUCAGUCCUGAUGUGAACUCUCGCUCUGCCCGGGUCCUCUUCCUCCUUGUGGUCCCAGGACACCUGGUGUUCCUCUACACCAUCAGCUGUAUGCAGGGUGGGCACACCACCCUCACACUCAUCUUCAUCAUCUUCUACAUGACAGCUGCACUGCUCCAGGUGCUGAUUCUCCUGUACAUCGCAGACUGGAUGGUGCACUGGAUGUGGGGCCGGGGCUUAGAUCCGGACAACUUCUCCAUCCCAUACUUGACUGCUCUGGGGGACCUGCUUGGCACUGGGCUCCUAGCACUCAGCUUCCACAUCCUCUGGCUCAUCGGGGACCGAGACACGGAUGUCGGGGACUAGCUUGGUCACUCAUCCUUCUCCCCAUCCCUCUGCACUUUCUAUUUGAAAUUUUUCUUUCAUUCCCCUGUCCCUACCCCACCCCACACUCCCACCUCUUUCUAGGACUUCACUUUGAUACCAAAUUCUCAUUAUUUUCAAUGGGAAUUUUAUACAUUGAGCCAAGUUUAUAUAGCAGAUAAUUCAGGAAGGACAGACGGACUGAGAGGAGCAGUACAAGAAGAUUUUGAGACAAUCACCAAGUGCAAUUUCAUGGUGGGUGCCUCCAGGUGAGGUGGAUUAGGGCAGGGGGCUUAUGUCCAGGAUCUGGGGACAUUUGGUUUGGCUUUAGCAACCUCAGUCUUGGUCCUAAAGAGAAGCUCUUUGUGUGUGGGUUCUGGGUUUUUUUGGUUUUCUUUUAGUUUUUCCUUAUCUUGAUUGAACACAGGAAUAAAUAACACUCCCAAACACACACAUACUUUUGUAGACAUUGACCACGUCAAAGCCCUGGGCAGAAGACAGCUGCUCCAGCCCCCGCCUAUAAUCCCAGCCCUAUUCUCUGCCCUCUGGACAUAGGCCUUCCCGCUCUCAGAAGGAGUAAGGUGACCAUUUUGUGUACAUGCGUCUUACCCGAUUACCCGGUCAAUAUCACCAAUCCCUCCCUCUGAUCAUGUUCGAUUGGUAAUCACCUCCAGGAAGAAAUGAACAGUAGCUUUGUCUCCUUGCUGACCCAUGUCUACCCUUAGGGUUCUCAAAACCCAAUCCCCCUGGACCCCAAGGACUGAUUCUUUGUCUCUCUUCAACCCUCAUCUCUGAUUGUCUCUAAGCAUUACCUUCCCCAAAGUUCACCAGGUUGGGUUCUGAGAUUAGGGACAGAUCAUGGUUAUGUAAAGAGUGAUUUGGAGGUUGAGGGCAACCAGGGGUGUUUCAUUGCUGCUGUUUCUCCUGAAGACAUAAUCAUGUGGUCACUUUGGACUCUGUCACUUCCUAAAAUCAGUCAUUCUAUCAUGUCAUGAAGGUUAGUUUUCCUCUCUUGGCUAAUGCCUACACUCAUCAUUUAUGCAUUCACUCAUUCAACAAAUACACACCCUGCCCAAGAUGAACUCUUCUACAGUGGGAUCUGAAAUAUUCUUUCAGCAGUAUUUAUUGAGUGCCUACUAUGUGUUAGGUACUGCACCAGCCAAUGGUAAAGGAAACACAGCUCUAACUGUACCUCAUUCCCCUGGUUAUAGAGGCCAUGUGCCCUUUUCAAUCUGGCAAAGUUUCCUCAUUGUCAAGUAUUCUCAUCUGCUUCACCAGGCCAGGUUCUGCCUCUUUCUCCUGCCUGAAUCCCAACUCGGCCACGCUGACCACAGCUAGAGCCACCAGCCUUAUCACCCAGCCAGCUUUCAUGUCCCUAAAGUAUCCUUCCUCACCUUCCUUCCCUCCAGCUCUCCUCACCAAGCACCCAAAAGAGGAUUUAGAACUAGCAAGCUGGACAUCCAACUGGUUGCUUUUACUUUUCUCUGCCUGGCACAAAAUUGGGAGAAAAACUGGAGCCUCUGCAUUGUCCCCAUACUUUGCUCUGAACAGCUCAGAAUCUGUCCACACUCACACAUACAAAUCUGGGCAUUUGGCUGUAGGCUUUUUCUAGCCUCUCAGAAGCCUCCCCAUUAACCCUCCCCUCUGUAGCUCACCUCCAAGGGAAGGCUCAGGCAAGGGCCCUAUUUCUACCAGCACCAUGCCUUAUCCCAGGAACUUGCCCUAGACCUCCAGAGACUGUCUUUUCUCCCCCUCCUCCUCCAGCCAGGCCACCUUCUGGAAUCAUAGAACCUUAGAAAUGAAAGAAAUUGUAGAGGUUAUCUAGAUGGAGCUGUGUCCUGCAAAGCUCAUUAACACCAGCCUGGGCUUGUUUUCGCUCUUCCCUCUGGACUUCUUUCAUCUUUUUCUCCACCUCAAAACAUACUUGCACAGACUCUUCUUGUACAGGCACCAAAACCAACUCCUCUGGUCCCUGAGGCUAUCCCCCUGCGAUCUCCAGCCACCCCUGCCCUGGUCGCUCACCCCCUUCCUCAUCUUUAGAGUUCAGCCAGGCAGUCCUGGAAGAUUCUGGACUCAUCUUUCUUUGCCUAAAAAGCAGAAAGAUAGGCAUGCCCCAGGCCCUGAGUGUGUGAGCAGAGGAGGACUGUGGGGUGAGAGGGAAAGAAAAUGAAGUUGACUUUCAUGGAAGAUUUCUUUUCCUCUGAUUGCACCAACUGCAUGUAUUUUUGGCCUGGCUGUAAGGAGCAAUAUUGGUUUACUCUUGUAUCCUUAAAAAGUUACAGAACUGUGUCUUAAAAGAAUUAUUUAUAGUUACUAUAACUGAAUUGACAAAUGUCAACUUAACUGAUAAAUUAUAUUUGGUAAAAUAAAGAGGACGUUUAUUUA